UAGAAAAAGAGAAAAAAGGGCAGCGGUUGGGGAAGUGGCUUGUGUGGGGAGUAGGAAAGCCACGCUUUCCUUCCUACACAAUCUUAUUUUGCUCCUCUCCUCAUCUCUAAUUCUCUCUCCUCGUUUUCGGCUGGUCGCAGCAACUAGCAAGUAGAUAGCGUGAGGAACAACGAGAGAAAUGGCCCUUCAAGCAUCUGCAAGACUUAAGACCGUCGCAGCCUCACCUUCAUCUUCUCCCUUAUCACCUUCUGCCCAUGUCGGCUUACGACGACCAUCCCAUCGCUUUGCCCUCAAAUCAUCAUUCUUCUCUCCCUCCCUUCACCUCUUGUUUUCUCCUCCUCAACAACCUCUCUCCUCUGCUGCUGCCCCAAGAUUCUCUAUGCGUGUUGCUUCAAAGCAAGCCUACAUUUGUCGCGACUGCGGGUAUAUCUACAACGAUAGAACACCUUUUGAGAAGCUACCCGAUAAGUAUUUCUGCCCUGUUUGCGGUGCUCCAAAGCGAAGAUUCAGGACUUACGAGCCUGCGGUAACCAAGAAUGCUAACGACACAGAUGUCCGCAAGGCCCGGAAAGCACAGAUCCAGAGUGACGAAGCAAUUGGACGAGCUUUGCCUAUUGCAAUUGUGGUUGGGAUUGCAGCUUUGGCUGGUUUAUAUUUUUACCUCAACAAUGCCUUCUAGGUGCAACUCCAGCAGCAUACCACAAAGAAAAGAUGCAUGACUUCACUUCCACCCCUCUGUCACUGUCAUCUCCUCUUCCCUCUUAUGUGAUUAGUGCUUUGUUUGUUAUCGUCUUCCAUGUAGAAUAUCUAUUGGAAUUUCAAAAUGUGCUGUUAAUUUAUCUCAAUUUAAUUUUGCGCAAUGUGAUGAUGAGUGAACCAUCAACUGUAGAAGAAAUUGAAGAUUCCAUUUCAUACCA